CGGUGCGGUCCUGGGCCCAGUUUCCGGCGUCAACCUGGCAGCUGCGAGGAAGCUGCUGAUGGUGUAACAGUGCCGACUUUCCUGUUAGCGGGGCUCUUGCUGAGGACGGCGUGCGGAGUGGGGGAAUGAAGGAUGGCAGCACGCCGUGCAUUAAAAGCUGUUUUGGUGGAUCUCAAUGGCACACUUCACAUUGAAGACGCAGCUGUGCCAGGCGCCCAGGAAGCUCUUAAAAGGUUACGUGGUACUUCUGUACUGGUUAGGUUUGUGACCAAUACAACCAAAGAGAGCAAACAAGACUUACUGGAAAGGCUGAAAAAAUUAGAGUUUGAUAUCUCUGAAGAUGAAAUAUUCACUUCUCUGACUGCAGCCAGAAAUUUAGUAGAGCAGAAACAAGUCCGGCCCAUGCUGCUCGUAGAUGAUCGGGCACUGCCUGAUUUCAAAGGAAUACAAACAAGUGACCCUAAUGCUGUGGUGAUAGGAUUGGCACCAGAACACUUUCAUUAUCAAAUUCUGAAUCAAGCAUUCCGGUUACUCCUGGAUGGGGCGCCUCUGAUAGCAAUCCACAAAGCCAGGUAUUACAAGAGGAAAGAUGGCUUAGCCCUGGGGCCUGGACCAUUUGUGACUGCUUUGGAGUAUGCCACAGACACCAAAGCCACAGUAGUGGGGAAACCAGAGAAAACAUUCUUUUUGGAAGCACUGCGGGGCACUGGCUGUGAACCUGAGGAGGCCAUCAUGAUAGGAGAUGAUUGCAGGGAUGACGUUGGUGGGGCUCAGACGGUCGGCAUGCUGGGCAUAUUAGUAAAAACUGGGAAAUACCGAGCAGCCGAUGAAGAAAAAAUUAAUCCACCUCCUUACUUAACUUGCGAGAGUUUCCCUCACGCUGUAGAGCACAUUUUACAGCACCUACUGUGAACCAUCAUGUGAAGCAGGAGCAACUUGAAACGAAGCCGUCCCUCGUUGUCGGGAAUGAAUCCCUCCCCAGCUCAGUGCCAGCACAGGCAGACACACCCUCCGUCCUGACACCCUCAACCCUCUUUUAUUGUGCGUUAAUUAGAAAGAAAGGUAUUGCAUUGCAGCCAGCCCCUAAGCCUGGCUUAUCUCUGUUGUUUUAUUUUGUAAAAGAAGAUGAGACCCAAAGAAAGGGAAAGCUGAGAUUUUAUGCCAUCCCUUUUAAAAUAUUCAUCAGGCUAGACAGGGCCAGGAGGGAGAAUGUCCUACCGGGGUCAUGUUCUGUGCUGUCUCCUCACUGGUAAAGUGGGGGUGGGGAGAGGUUCAGGUUGGGCAUAAAGUUGACUGGUGUUUUUUAAAUUAUAAAGGAAUAUGUGGAAAGGUGCAUUAGGCUGUAGUGUUAAUACGGAGUUCAACUGUGAGACCCAUUGGAAGUGCCAAGCGGAGUACAUGUCAGAAGCAGCAAAAUAAAUUGUCCUUCAGUCCAAGUGAUGGAGUGAAUUUGCUCUAACGGAUGUGGAAAACUAGAUUAUCUGCUGUGUUAUUCCCAGCACGGGUGACUUCUUUUUCUCUUCAUUAGCCAGAGACGACUAAUUUAAAUUUAGAACCUGAUUUUAAUUUAAUAUUUCCAUUAAUAACCUAUUCAUUGCAGAUACUUAUUAUACUGUGUAACAGUUGUUUUGGAAAUUUUAUGUAAAAUUAAAACUAUCAGUAUUUUACAGAUGUUUUAAUUAGACAUUGUUAUUAACAGGAACAGUGCAGAAACUAAAAUCAAGCCUUUAAUGUCUUAUAGACCAUGCAUUUUUGAAGUUAGUGUCCACCAGGGUCCUAUUAACUGUACAUUUGCAAGAUUUCAUUAUUUUUGCCUCUGACACUAUGGGAGAAAUCUUUUAGAAGCUAUUGGGACAGAUUCAGGCUUUUAUGUACUUGGUUACUACAGCUGUAAAAUGAAAUCUCGUCUGGUAGCAUGGAUUAUUCUUCUCAUGUUAAACCCACCAAAAUGAAGGGGACUAAGUAGGUAAUGAUUUUCCUCAUGCAUUUGCAUACUGUGAUAAUCCUGGGCCUUUGCAAUUGUUUUACAGGGCUCUUGGGCAUUGAAUUAUUAGCAUGUAAUUGUACAUCAUUGUAGUGUUCACCUUAUUGAAGCACACACUGAUGUUAAUGAGCUUCGGGUUUUGAUGCUUGUUUAGAGAUCAGCUCGGUCUUGGAUGGGAGGGAGCAAAGCUAAAUCAAU